AUGCCUGACGGAUCGCAGAAAACUCGCCGAAUACCAACAUUCAACACUCUUGUUAGGGAAAACGCGUUUAGAAACCCUCCAAAAGAAGGUUCAACUUAUAGCAUUCUAAAUGAAUUCGUUGCGCCUCACCUUGAAUCAUUCAAUGCGUUAUUUGACGACUCUGGGCUUCUUUCCCUUGCGUUAAAGGACAUCGGAGAGCGGGUUGCAUUUGACGGAGAUGGAAAAGUGGGCUCAGAGAGUGGACCGGACGGUUGGGGAAACAGAAUAAGAAUAUGGAUUGAGCAAGUUACCGUUGCGAGACCAAUGGUCCCCGAGAAAGACAGGACCGCGAAGGAAAGGAAAGUCUUUCCGACUGAGGCUCGGGAACGCCUUACCUCGUAUCGUGGGCGCAUGACUGUCAAAUUAUGUUGGACCGACAUUUCAGGUCAAAGACAUGAAAUGCCCAAGGACUGUGGUCUUUUACCCAUCAUGGUUCGGUCUGUCCGUUGUAAUUUGCGAUCCAUGUCGUCUGCCGAAUUAGUGAAGCAUCAUGAAGAGCCUGAAGAAUUUGGCGGCUAUUUUGUGAUUAACGGCAACGAGCGCUUAAUUCGGUACCUCAUUCUACCUCGACGAAACCAUGUUAUAUCCCUUCUGCGUCCAUCGUUCUCAAACCGAGGACCUUCCUAUACACAAUACGCUGUACAAAUGCGUUGCGUCCGUCCAGACCAAACAAGCGUUACCAACACACUACAUUAUCUCUCGAACGGGAGCGCCAUGUUGCGAUUUAGCUGGAGAAAACAAGAAUACGUGAUUCCUAUCAUGCUUGUUCUAAAAGCUCUGGUUGGCGCCUCCGACAAGGAAAUAUUCGAGGGCGUGAUAAUGCAGGACUAUGAGAAUACCUUUUUGACCGACAGAGUCGAAUUGCUUUUACGCAGUUUUAAAAUGUUCACUAUGCAGACCGGAGAGCAAUGUCUGGAAUACUUGGGAGACAAGUUCCGAGUUGUUCUCAACCUUCCUGAAGAUUGGACGAAUGCUGCUCAAGGUGCAUGGCUUCUCAGAAAAAUGAUCCUCGUUCACCUGGAGACUCCACGCGAAAAAUUUAGGAUGCUUCUUUUUAUGCUUCGAAAAUUGUAUUCCCUGGUCUCAGGGUCAUGCUGCGCAGAUAAUCCCGAUUCCCCUCAACAUCAAGAAGUCCUGCUUCCUGGUAGUCUAUAUGGCAUGAUCAUCAAGGAACGCCUGGAAGAAAUUUUGAACGGAAUCAGAAUGGGCAUCUCCAUGGAUGUAAGAAACGGAGUUGCCGUGGACUUCAACGACAAGCGCUAUUUUCAAAAAGUUGUCUCAAAAGUCAACUUCGACAUCGGCUCAAAACUCUCCAAUUUUCUCGCUACCGGCAACCUCGUCUCUCCAACCGGGCUUGAUCUUCAACAAGCUUCAGGAUUCACAAUCGUGGCUGAAAAGCUGAAUUGGCAACGUUACAUCAGUCAUUUCAGAUGCAUCCAUCGUGGUGCAUUCUUCGCCGAACUCAAAACUACUACCGUUCGAAAACUGUUACCAGAAGCCUGGGGUUUCUUAUGCCCGGUCCAUACACCUGAUGGAUCACCUUGUGGCCUUCUCAACCAUCUUUCACGUAGUUGCCGCAUUACGACCACUCCACUUGCUGUUGCACACAUUCCUGCCCUUCUUGCAGCGCAUGGAAUGACUCAAGUGUUUACCCCUACAAUCGACGGGCGCAAGAAUUUAAGUGUCCAGCUUGACGGGCGAGUAAUUGGAUGGGCUAGACCCAGUGUCGCUGCUCAACUCGCCACGAACCUUCGGAUAUGGAAGACGGAAGGGAAACAUGAAGUCCCGUUAGAUCUCGAGAUUGGACUUGUGCCUGUCUCGAACGGUGGCCAAUACCCGGGACUCUUCUUAUUCUCAACCACAGCAAGAAUGAUGCGACCAGUCAAAUAUCUCGGCAAUGGACGGGAUGAUCAGGUUGGGCCCUUCGAGCAAGUUUAUAUGAACAUUGCGUGCAUCCCUGAGGAGAUCGAGGAAGCUGUGUCAACACACGUCGAACACGAACCAACGAAUUUCUUGUCUAUUUUAGCCAAUCUGACACCAUUCUCUGACUUCAACCAGAGCCCUCGAAAUAUUUAUCAAUGUCAGAUGGGUAAACAAAGUAUGGGAACACCAGCCACCGCCCUUCAGCAUCGAACAGACAACAAGCUCUACCGUCUGCAAACAGGCCAAUCCCCUGUCGUUCGGCCAGCCUUGCACAACACAUAUGCCAUGGACUCUUUCCCAAACGGUACAAACGCAAUUGUUGCUGUAAUAUCAUAUACAGGCUACGACAUGGAGGAUGCCAUGAUUCUCAACAAGUCGGCGCACGAAAGGGGCUUUGGAUAUGGCACAGUUUAUAAAUCCCAAAUCAUCGAUUUAAAGGAGAUGCGUGGGGCAUCUAAGUUAAAUUCAGUUCCAACACUGCAUUUUGGCCUUGGGAAUGACAUCCGAACGACAGGUGACAAACUGCAUGCCUGCCUCGAGUUCCUCGACUUGGAUGGCCUGCCUUUUAUUGGGGCUCGACUGAGCUCUGGCGACCCAAUUGCUGCUUAUGUUGACGAUACGACCGGACGAACGAAAUUUGUCAGAUACAAGGGUGACGAGCUGGGGUAUAUAGAUGAAGUUCGUCUACUAGGUUUCGAUGCUGGCGACACCGAACUACAAAAGAUUCACAUUACACUGCGUAUCACACGAUCACCUGUCAUCGGUGACAAGUUCUCAUCUCGACAUGGACAGAAGGGUGUUUGCUCACAGAAGUGGCCUGCAGUCGAUAUGCCGUUCAGCGAGAGUGGUAUGCAACCUGAUGUUAUUAUCAACCCUCAUGCCUUCCCUAGUCGUAUGACGAUUGGCAUGUUGGUCGAGAGUAUGGCAGGCAAAGCUGGUGCUAUGCAUGGCCUUGCGCAAGACGCUACACCGUUUAAGUUUUCGGAAGAGGAUACGGCUAUCAACUAUUUCGGGGAACAAUUAUUAGCUGCUGGCUACAAUUACUACGGUAACGAACCGAUGUACUCGGGAAUAACAGGUCAAGAAUUCGCCGCCGACAUAUACAUCGGAGUCGUGUACUAUCAGCGAUUGCGCCACAUGGUUCUUGACAAGUUCCAGGUCCGUACCACAGGUCCUGUCGAUCCCGUAACCCGUCAACCCGUUAAAGGUCGUAAACGUGCGGGCGGUAUCCGCUUCGGUGAGAUGGAACGCGAUGCCCUGAUUGCGCAUGGAACGUCUUUCUUGCUUCAAGACAGAUUGAUGAAUUGCUCAGACUACUCGACUGCGUGGGUAUGUCGAACAUGUGGGAGUUUGAUCUCCUUAGGGUAUGAGGACACUCUGAAACCGUCAGGGCCUGGAGGUGAAUAUUGUCGAGUAUGUAGAGCUGCGUCAGAAGAAGAGGACGAACGGGAACGGCAAGCGCUCGCCACCGCGUCAAAAGGAGGUGACCUCGAUGUUGUUGCAGUUCCCUAUGUCUUCAGAUACCUAUGUGCAGAAUUGGCAUCUAUGGGUAUUGCUGUAUCUUUAGAAGUCCGUUAG